UUUAAUCUCAUGAUUGGUACUUGACAAAUUCAAAGUCUCCCCCGAUUGGCUCAAUUUUAAUGUGUUUCUCGCCAACCAAGAGGAACUGGAAAGGCAGUAGCUGGAUCAGAAUGCCGAUUGGAAGGAGUGCUAAAAUGGUACAGUAUGUGGAUUACAGGAUGCGAUGUGUGCUCCAAGAUGGCCGUGUUUUCAUUGGCUUUCUCAAAGCUUUUGACCGACACAUGAACCUCAUUCUCUGUGACUGUGAUGAAUUCAGAAGGUUAAAGUCGAAAAACUCCAAGCAAGGUGAAAGAGAAGAAAAACGGGCCCUUGGCCUUGUGUUGCUUCGAGGGGAAUCACUUGUGACGAUGACUGUGGAAGGGCCUCCAGUCAGAGAUGUAAGUAACAGUUCACACAUAUU